GUACGCUCCACGUUGACGCGGGAUUUGGUUGAAUCGGUCGGUAUCGAGAAGUCGCCGUGUUUACCUUCAGAGCGACAUUAAACUGGUUUAGUAGAUUGAGGAAGAUGAUGGAGCAGAAGUACGAGGAAGAGAUCCAGAUGCUCCAGCAGGAAAUUGAAACACUGGAGGCUGAACAGGAGGAGACUUUACGGUCCAUUUUCAUCGAGCAUGGAGAUCGACUACAGCGGGAACUAACGUCAGUCUGUGAUGAACGAGGAGGGGCACAAAAGCACGCUCUUUCAAAGCUGAUCACAGAAGUCCGAGAGCUGGAAAAAAACCUCAGGCGACAGACCGAAAUCAACGGGAUCGCUCUAAAUGAGUGUCUUGUGAAGACAUUGCACAAAAGUGAAAGAAAACUUGUACAGCAGCUCAGACUUGCAGGUCACUGCAGUGCACUUUUGUUCCAGGUUGAAUUUGCCGUGACUGAGAUUCAGGAGGACGAUGCACUGCUCAGGAGAGUUACAGAGCUCAAUAUCGUUGUGGAUGGUGUUGAAUUCAAAGAUUUCUCUGCAUUUGUGUCCAGAGUGGAGGACACAAAAGAUCUUCUCUUGUUCUUCAGGACCUUGAGGACAUUCUCUGACAGGUGCGAGGAGAGGCGUCAAACGUUUCAGCACUUUCAGGAGAAGUACCCAGACGUGGUCAGCCUUCCAGAGGGAUGCCGAUCCGAGCUCAUGAUUAUAAGAAGUCCUCAACUUCCAGGGAUCUCCAUGACCAUUUUUUGGAAGAUCGACGUGUCCAUGGCAGGAGUGGUAAAGCCAUCUCUUGAGCUUCUGCUGAAAAUGCCAGACCAGGCUCGGGAGUUUGACACCAAAAAAGUGAUGGAAAACGGCCCGGAGUACUUUCAGAGCCUCCUGCGUCUUCUCGGGGUGGAAGCAUCCAUCGAGAGCUUGAUAAGAACUGCCAGUGACGCAACCAGCUUGGUAAAGGUCUUUGCCAGAGUCAGCCAGGUUUGUUAACAUCGCUAGCUGAAGGUCAUGCCAUCAGCCAAAGACAUAAAUCCAGCUCCACUAACUCACCCUGAGAAGAGAUCCAG